AUGGGAUCCGUAGUCGCUCUGCCGGAAAAGGGUCCCGUCGAGGGAGUGGCGAGAUCUGCUAAAACUCGCAAUAAUCUUCAUGACUCCGGAGUUGCUGAUGUGCUGGAGGAGGGAAAUGGCUCCGGAGGUCGUGCAUCUCCUUCGUGUUACCGAGAAGAAAAGCCAACUCCGAAGGAAGAUUUAGAGAAUACAUUACGUAUCUAUCUACAUAGAUGCCUAGAAUCGGUUAAAGUCCGAGCAUCCAUAAAGCAGGCGGAUUCUGCAUUUUUCGACGCACUUGUGGCUACUCUAAUGCGUGUUUAG